UGAGGUGCUUUGGGUUUCAGGAGUGGAAUGCGCAGGAGGCAACGAAACCGAUUUCUGGAAGCGCAGGAAAAUGUGAGCCUAGACCGGCGAAUUAGAACCCUGCCUGCCCUUUAGGGUUUGGCGAUAUUACCGGAUAAAAAGGAAGGCCGUUGUGCACUGGUUCAGUACAUCACGAAUCCUCUCGAGCUUCAGAAGGACAGUCAGCUCGGGGCCCGGAGGCCCGGGCUUACGUAACGUGCAGUGGAAGCCGCUUUGGAAAAGCUUUACACUUGCGUUCGGCCGCCUGCGGCGCACGCUCGUUUCCCGAAGCGGCUCCGGCGGGGACGAGCUUCUCCGCGGCCCUCGGGGGGUGCGGCGCCCCCUAGAGGCGGCGGGCGCCCCCCGCCCUGUAACGUGAUCUCCCUGCUCCUGGAUUGGCCAGAAGCGGCGUUUUCCCCGGGAGCCGCUCGUAGCUGGGCUCCCAAGCCGGGCUCCCCACGACGGGCCGUGCACGGCAGCCGCCGCCGCCACCGCCGCUUCGCUUCCGGCAGCGGAUGGAGCGAUGGCGCCCAGACUCCCCUGCUGGACCACUUGCUUCCUCCUGGUCGUGUGGUGCCCGCCCGCGCUCCCCUGCCCUCGCCGGUGCCUUUGCUCGAAGAGCACCGUCCGCUGCAUGCACUUGAUGCUGGAUCACAUUCCUCAGGUGCCGCAGCAGACCACAGUCCUAGACUUGAGGUUUAACAGAAUACAAGAAAUUCCUGGGAGUGUCUUCAAGAAACUUAAGAAUUUGAACACUCUUCUCCUGAACAACAACCAAAUCAGACAGAUUUCCAGAAAUGCUUUUGAAGGACUUGAAAAUUUACUUUAUCUGUAUCUGUACAAGAACGAAAUCCAUGCCCUCGACAAGCAAACCUUUAAAGGACUCAGAUCCUUGGAACAGCUCUAUAUUCAUUUCAACCAAAUAGAAACGCUACAGCCGGAGACCUUUGGAGACCUUGUGAAAUUAGAAAGACUGUUUUUGCAUAACAACAAAUUAUCGAAAAUCCCGGCCGGGAGCUUUUCUCAUCUGGAUUCAUUAAAGAGACUGCGUCUGGAUUCCAAUGCCCUAGUUUGUGACUGUGACUUAAUGUGGCUGGGGGAACUUAUGCAAGGCUAUGCCCGAAAUGGCCAAACUCAGGCUGCUGCUACAUGUCAAUAUCCCAGAAGGCUCCAGGGACGCUCCAUUGCUUCCGUAACCGUGGAGGAGUUCAACUGUGAGAGUCCCCGAAUUACUUUUGAGCCCCAGGAUGUGGAGGUAACAUCGGGGAAUACUGUCUACUUCACUUGCCGAGCGGAAGGAAACCCCAAACCGAAGAUUACUUGGAUACACAACAACCAUUCAUUGGAUUUGGAAGAUGAUACUCGACUUAACUUGUUUGACGAUGGGACACUCAUGAUCCGAAACACCCGUGAGUCGGACCAAGGUGAAUAUCAGUGCAUGGCCAGAAACUCAGCCGGGGAAGUCAAGACCCAGAAUGCCAUGCUCAGAUACUCCAGUCCUCCAGCCAAGCCUAGUUUUAUAAUCCAGCCCCAGGACACAGAGGUUUUAGUUGGCACGAGCACAACUUUGGAAUGUAUGGCCACGGGCCACCCACACCCCCGUGUUACUUGGACGAGGGGCAGCGGAGAGGCCCUGGAUGGAUCCAGGCACCUGGCUACUUCCGGAGGACUCUACUUGCAAAAUGUCACCCUGCAGGACCACGGUCGAUUUACCUGUCACGCCGACAAUAAUCAAGGCUCUGUCCAAGCCACAGCGAACAUAAUUGUACAAGCUCCUCCACAAUUCACGAGAAUUCCCAAGGAUCAAAUGGUGCUAGAAGGACAUUCUGUAGAAUUUCUCUGUGAGGCUGAAGGCAACCCACCUCCAAUAAUUGCCUGGACCAAAGCAGGGGGGCAGCUCCCUCAGGAAGGUCCACAUACAUUUCUCUCCUCUGGCACUUUGAGAAUUGACCACGCGGCACAUCAUGACCAAGGCCAAUAUGAGUGUCAGGCAGUCAGUCCAUUGGGAGUGAAAAAAGCGUCUGUCCAGCUGACUGUAAAACGCAAAGCUCUCCCAGUGUUUACUCAACUACCUCAGGACACGAGUAUACAGGUUGGCAAGAAUAUCAACAUUUCGUGUCAUGCUCGAGGAGAACCACAGCCCGUGAUUACUUGGAAUAAGGCAGGUGUUCAGAUUACGGAGAGUGGUAAAUUCCAUGUCAGUGGUGAAGGCGUGCUCACCAUCUAUGAUGCAGGGCAAGCCGACCAAGGAAAGUAUGAAUGUGUGGCUCGGAACUCAUUUGGCCGUGUUGCGGCCAACAUGUUUCUCACGGUCAUCGCAAUACAGGCUAGACAAGCUGGCGAUGACUUUGUUGAAUCAUCCAUUCUUGACGCGGUACAGAGGGUUGACAGUGCAAUUAACUCCACACGAAGACAUUUGUUUUCACAAAAGCCUCGCACCCCUGCUGAUCUGCUGGCUCAGUUUCGUUAUCCGCAUGACCCGUUUACUGUGGAGACAGCCAGAGCUGGGGAGAUUUUUGAGCACGCACUUCUGCUGAUCCAGGAACACGUGAAGCAGGGGCUCACUGUUGAUCUGGAAGGCAGAGAAUUCCGCUUCAACGACCUGGUGUCCCCGCGCUCCCUCAGCCUCCUCGCCAACCUGUCGGGCUGCACCGCGCACAGGCAGGUGCCCGACUGCUCGGACCUGUGCUUCCACCAGAAGUACCGAGCCGCGGACGGCACGUGCAACAACCUGCAGCACCCCGCGUGGGGCGCGUCGCGGACGGCCUUCGAGCGCAUCCUGAAGCCCGCCUACGAGAACGGCUUCAACCUGCCGCGCGGCGCGGGCCGCCAGCCCCUCCCGCCGCCCAGGCUGGUGUCCACGGAGCUGGCGGCCACGGCCACGGUCAGCCCGGACGACCGGUACACGCACAUGCUCAUGCAGUGGGGCCAGUUUCUGGACCACGACCUGGGCCACACGGUGCCCGCGCUGAGCACGGCGCGCUUCUCGGACGGGCGGCCGUGCAGCGCGGUGUGCACGAACGACCCCCCCUGCUUCCCCAUCCAGCUGCCCGACGGCGACCCCCGCCGCGCCCACGCGGCCUGCCUCUUCUUCGCGCGCUCCAGCCCCGUGUGCGGCAGCGGCGCGACGUCGCCGGCGACGAGCUCGGGGUACGCGCGCGAGCAGGCCAACCAGCUCACCGCCUACCUCGACGGCUCCAACGUGUACGGGAGCUCGGAGCGGGAGUCCCGGGCGCUCCGGGACCCGGCCGCGUCGCGGGGGCGCCUGAGGACCGGCCCGCCGUGGGCCCCCUCGGGAAAGCACCUGCUGCCCUUCGCGCCGGGCCCGCCCACCGAGUGCGCCGGCCGCAGCCCCUGCUUCCUGGCCGGGGACCACCGGGCCAACGAGCAGCCGGCGCUCACGGCCAUGCACACGCUGUGGCUGCGGGAGCACAACAGGCUGGCCGCGGAGCUGCGCGCCCUGAACCCCCACUGGGACGGAGACACCCUGUACCACGAGGCCAGGAAGAUCGUGGGCGCCGAGCUGCAGCACAUCACCUACAGCCACUGGCUGCCCAAGAUCCUGGGGGAGCCGGGCAUGGGGCUGCUGCGGGGGUACCGGGGCUACGACCCCCGUGUGAACGCGGGCAUCCUGAACUCCUUCGCCACCGCGGCCUUCAGGUUCGGCCACACGUUAAUCAAGCCGGUCCUGCAGCGGCUGAACGGCAGCUUCGGGGAGAUCCCCGAAGGCCACCUGCCACUGCACAAGGCCUUCUUCGCGCCGUCCAGGAUAAUCGAGGAGGGCGGGAUAGACCCCCUCCUUCGGGGGCUGUUUGGCACGGCGGCCAAACUGCGGGUGCCGUCCCAGCUGCUGAGCCUGGAGCUGACCGAGAAGCUCUUCUCCAGCGCCCGCUCGGUGGCCUUGGAUCUGGCGGCCACCAACAUCCAGAGGGGGCGAGACCACGGCAUCCCCCCCUACGCCGACUUCCGGGUGUUCUGCAACCUGAGCUCGGCGGAGAGGUUCGAGGACCUUCGGAACGAGAUUAAAGACGCAGGGAUUCGACAAAAACUGAAAAAGUUGUACGGCUCUCCAGGCAACAUCGACCUCUGGCCCGCCCUCAUGGUUGAAGACCUGAUCCCUGGUACGAGAGUGGGACCAACACUUAUGUGCCUGUUUGUUACCCAGUUUCAGCGGCUAAGAGAUGGAGAUAGGUUCUGGUAUGAGAACCCCGGAGUGUUCACCCCCGCGCAGCUCACUCAGCUGAGGCAGGCGUCCCUGGGCCGCGUGCUCUGCGACAACGGCGACAACAUUCAGCAGGUGCAGGCCGACGUGUUCGUGAAGGCGCAGUACCCGCAGGACUACCUGAGCUGCAGCGAGAUACCGCAGGUGGAUCUGCGCGUGUGGCAGGACUGCUGCGAAGGCUGUAGGAGCAGAGGACAGUUGAGAGCAUUCGCACAAGAGUCUCAAAAGAAACGCUCUGCUCAAUACAGCUAUCCUGACGAGCAAGAUAAGGACUUACGUGAUCUGAGUCGUGGGCAACAAGAUCACUUGUCCGUAGAUGACGAUGGUAGAAAUGUGACGUUUCUGGCAAAAACAGAGUUUGCCCAAGAUUUCAGCAAUUUUGCAGCAGAAAUUCAAAAAACCAUCAAAGCUCUCAGAGAACAGAUAAACAAGCUGGAGGCACGCCUCAGGCAGGCGGGAUGCACGGAUGAUGAAGGGAUUCAGAGGAGAGACCAGGAACGCUGGGUGAAAGACGACUGCGUUCGCUGUACGUGUAAGGCUUCCUUUUGCAUAGACUGGAGUGGAUGGCAGCCUAGUGGCUGCAGAACUGGGUUCACAGCAUCUUAGCCUGACCAGCACAGAAACUCUGCACCUGCUCAGGCCUGGACCCCUCGACUGCCGGGAGUACCAAGUAACUAACAAAGUCCACCGGGUAUUUUGUUCUUGUCGACUAACAAGCAACCUUCUGAAGAUUUUGCUCGGAGACGGAAGUUCCCAAUGAUCGUAUAAGUAGAGAAUGUUUUGCUUGACAUUGGCCCGUCCUUAAAGCGCGUUAUAGAUCAGAUUCUCUGCACCUUGAGAAGACAUCUCAAAAUAAAAGGGUGAGAGUCCGUUUCAGAAACUAAAGCAUCUCAGAUGUGAUCAGUGACUCAGAAAUCUCAUCCACCCUACCUCUUUUUUAAGACCUUUUUCAAGUUCAAAAGAAGAAAAGUAGUUCUGGGUGACCACCAAAGACAGUUUCGCUCACUUUUCCAGGGGGAGAUAUAUCAAUAAACCAGAUCAUAUUUGACCAUUUAAAAUUUUUAAAAAGUCUGAGGGGCGCCUGGGUGGCUCAGUCAGUUGAGUGUCCGAC